ACCGUGCGCCACGCGAUAGUCCGCUGUCCGGUCGUGCUGGGUGUGUUUGGAGAAGCGGAGUUAGCGGCGGGCAAGAAGCGGUGGGCAAAUUUUGCACUCUUCAACGAAAACCGAGCGAGCUGAGAAAUUGGCGCCAAUCCACCGCACACGGGCGACGGAUUUCCAACGGGUUUUUGCAAGCUUCCGGUGGAGAUUUCACGAGACCGCGAAAAUGGCGGCGGCAAACAUCAGCGAAAGCAUCCCGUUCUACGACGUGUUCGGGUACUACGAGUGGACCCUGACGCUGGCGGACCCGCGGACGAAGGGCUGGCCGAUGGUGGACUCCGUCAUGCCGACGUUCACCUGCGUGUGCAUAUACCUGUUCCUCGUCUGGAUUGGCCCCCGAAUCAUGCGUGACCGGAAACCGUUCGACCUCACCUCGUUCCUGAUACCCUACAACCUGGCGAUGGCCCUGCUCAACCUCUACAUCUGCCUGCAGCUCUUCGUGGGUUCGACCAUGCGACGGUACAGCUACAUCUGUGAGCCGUGCCGGCAAAGCAUCGAUCCGGCGGAACUGCGCAUCGUCGAUGCCGUCUGGUGGUACUACUUCUCCAAGGUGCUCGAGUUCUCCGACACGUUCUUCUUCAUCCUGCGCAAAAAGGACAAUCAGCUGACGUUCCUGCACGUGUACCACCACAGCACCAUGUUUUCGUUCUGGUGGAUCGGCAUCAAGUGGGUGCCCAGCGGAAGCACGUUCCUUCCGGCGAUGGUCAACUCGUUCAUUCACGUACUAAUGUACGCGUACUACGGUCUUUCUGCGGUCGGCCCGCACAUGAACAAGUACCUGUGGUGGAAGAAGUACCUCACGAUCCUGCAGCUGAUUCAGUUCACCGUCGCCAUGAUACUCGGUAUCAAUGGUAUUGUCACGGGGUGUGAGUUCCCGCUGUGGAUGCACUACACGCUAAUCGGCUACAUGAUCUCGUUCAUCGUGCUGUUCGGCAACUUCUACGCCCAGGCCUACCUGCAAGGCAAACCGAUCCGGCAGUUCGAGAUCAACUGCAUCAACAUGGGCGCCAUCAAAGAGCAGAAGGAGAAAUGCACCUAACAGCCAACCGCGAGCCAGGACCCUCGAGGGGGGUCCCUCGUCUUCCCACCACCAAAUGCUGCAGGGUCUCUACUAGGCGCACACCAUCAGCUACCAUCUUCUUUUUCGCUUCUAUCGACUUCUUUUUGUACAUUAAUGUUUCUGAUUGCGUCUUCUAUCGCGUCCCGUUUGGUAGGAAAUUGAUUAACAAGGAUUGCUUCCGGCACGGUGGGCUUGUUUGUAUGUAAGAUGGCGACGAGAGCAGC